AUCGCGCGAGGGAUGCGGGCACCUCGUCCCCCUGUCUUCUGUGGCGGAGCUGCCUGGCGGAAGCGGGAACGGCGCAGCCUGGCGUAAAGGUGCACGGCAUACUGGGACAUGUAGUCUGGCUGGGGCUCGGACGCCCCCUCGGAUGAAUGGGACCGAGGCUGACUGCGAACUACAGCUCCUUGGUGGCAGCGUCGGUGUUGACCGCGGGGGAAGGGGAGACCCGGCGGCCCCGGGUGAGAGCGGCUCUCCAGGACCGUGCUAUGUGCUGCGCUGUGGCGAGGCAGGAGGCCGGCUUCCUGGGGUAGCGGUAUAAGCGGGCGCUUACUCUGUGCGCUCGCUCCCCCAACCCUGCACCGGCAAUGCGCCCGGCCUUGGCGGUGGGCCUGGUGUUCGCAGGCUGCUGCAGUAACGUGAUCUUCCUAGAGCUCCUGGCCCGGAAGCAUCCAGGAUGUGGGAACAUUGUGACAUUUGCACAAUUUUUAUUUAUUGCUGUGGAAGGCUUCCUCUUUGAAGCUGAUUUGGGAAGGAAGCCACCAGCUAUCCCGAUAAGGUACUAUGCCAUAAUGGUGACCAUGUUCUUCACCGUGAGCGUAGUGAACAACUAUGCCCUGAAUCUCAACAUUGCCAUGCCCCUGCAUAUGAUAUUUAGAUCCGGUUCUCUAAUUGCCAACAUGAUUCUAGGAAUUAUCAUUUUGAAGAAAAGAUACAGUAUAUUCAAAUAUACCUCCAUUGCCCUGGUGUCUGUGGGGAUAUUUAUUUGCACUUUUAUGUCAGCAAAGCAGGUGACUUCCCAGUCCAGCUUGAGUGAGAAUGAUGGAUUCCAGGCAUUUGUGUGGUGGUUACUAGGUAUUGGGGCACUGACUUUCGCUCUUCUGAUGUCCGCAAGGAUGGGUAUAUUCCAAGAGACUCUCUACAAACAAUUUGGGAAACACUCCAAGGAGGCUUUGUUUUAUAAUCACGCCCUUCCACUUCCUGGUUUCAUCUUCUUGGCUUCUGAUAUUUAUGACCAUGCAGUUCUAUUCAAUAAGUCUGAGUUAUAUGAAAUUCCAGGCAUCGGAGUGACCCUGCCCAUCAUGUGGUUCUACCUCCUCAUGAACAUCAUCACUCAGUACGUGUGCAUCCGGGGUGUGUUCAUCCUCACCACAGAAUGCACCUCCCUCACCGUCACGCUCGUCGUGACCCUGCGCAAAUUUGUGAGCCUCAUCUUUUCCAUCUUGUACUUCCAGAACCCCUUCACCCUGUGGCACUGGCUGGGCACCUUGUUUGUCUUCAUUGGGACCUUAAUGUACACAGAGGUGUGGAACAACCUAGGGACCACAAAAAGUGAGCCUCAGAAGGACAACAAGAAGAACUGAGGCCUGCCUGGAGUAUGUAGACCAGUGUCGUCGUGAGGGAGGGACCACCGUUUUCGCUUUUGUUAAUGCCGAGCUACCCGCAGUGCUGAGCCAGCCAUGCAACAGGAAAUCUUCAGGAGGAGGGGACUUCUCACAUUGCUCAUACUGACACGUGUAGACUGAAUAGAAACCCCUCAGCCCUAAAAUAGAAAAAAGAACAGUUCUGGACUA